AUGAAGAAGCGUUCAUAUCCUUUCCUUUCGCUUCAACAUUCGCAACGCGGACCGCAAAGAAGAGCGAAAUUCGCAACGACAUCCGACGACGUUUCAACGCGAGUUCUCGAAGACGACGAGGCGAAGAAACAAUUUCAAAUCGAAAAAAGAAUCGCCUCGAGCUUCCCACAGAUCCAAAGUGAAAACAUCGUCGCCGUUUUGCACUUACUGAGAGACGAAUGCACGAUUCCGUUCAUCGCCAGGUACCGGAAAGGAGAGAUUGGUUUUGGGUCAAUAAGUGGGCGAGCGAUGAGCGAAGUCGAGAUUAAACAGAUCAAAGAUGUAUUCGAGGAGGAAGAAAAGAAAGAGAAGUUUAAAGAAAAGAUUUUACGAGCGAUCGAGGAGAUGUUGUCGAAGAAGUCGUCGUUUGAAUCGUCUGAUUUGGAGAGGAGAGAGAGGGAGAAGAUUGAACGCGCGCGCGAGAAGAUUCGUAAGGACGACGAUACCGCGACGACGAUGACGCUUCGCGACAUGGAAGAGUUGUGGCGAACGAUUAAACCGGACGCGAAAGCGAGUAACACGCGAGCGAAGAAGGCGAGGGAGAGAGGUUUAGAACCGUUGGCGGAGAUGAUCGCGAGGAGAGAUUUUCGAGCGGUUUCGCGGAUGCGAGAGGAGAAGAAACGGUUGAACGAAAAGGACGAGGAGGAGAUUUGGAAAGGCGCGAGGGAUAUACUCAGCGAAUGGGUUGGGAACGAGAGUCUGGUGAGAGAGUGCGCGAAGGCGCAAAUGGGGAAGUUUGGGAGGGUGACGUGCGCGAAAGUACUACCAGUAGGAGUCGCGGGUAAGAAGGAUACUAAUACUAAUACUAAUACGAGCAAUACUAAGUCAACUCCAAAAGAACGGAGAGAACAGAAAGCGUUGGAAUCCGCGGAACGGUACGACAACUUCUCGGCUUUGGUGACGCACGUGAAGCCGCACCAAAUUUUAGCGAUGAAUCGAGCCGAAACGAACGGGACGUUACGCGUGAAAGUAGAGUUGGAUUACGCGAGGCAAGUUAUUCCAGCCGCGGAACGAUUCAUGCGCUCGUUUAAAACCGCGGGAGGAGAUGAACAAAAAUACAACAAGGUUUGCGAAGAGCAAAUAAAAAUGGCGUGCGAAGACGGCGUGAAACGGUUCGUCAAACCGUGGGCGGAACGCGAAAUGCGAACGCAGUUGAAAGAAGAGGCUUUGAAACGCGCGUCGUUGGAUUUCGCAGCAAACGUGAAAGCGUUGUUGUUGCAACCGCCUUUGCGCCCGCAAGGAACGGUUUUAGCUUUAGAUCCCGGGUACAGAGCCGGGUGUAAAUGCGCCGUCGUCGAUAAGAUGGGCAACGUUUUAGAAACGUUCGUGUGUUAUUUACACAAAGAGAUGGAAAUGAAAAAGAAGAUUAAAAACGUGUGCGAACAAUACAAAGUCUCCGUAAUAGCUAUUGGAGACGGCACCGCGUCGAGAGAAACCGAAACGCUCGUGGCGAACUCGAAUUUGAACAUUAUCGUCGUCGACGACGACGACGACGAUAAGAAGAAUGAUUCCAAAAAUUCUUGUUUGCGAGGAUGGGUCGUGACGUCCGAGGCUGGCGCGUCCAUAUACUCUGCCAGUGAGAUUGCCACCAAAGAACUUCCCAACUUGGACGUUUCCUUGCGAGGCGCGGUAUCCAUCGCUCGAAGAGUUCAAGAUCCUUUAGCGGAAUUGGUGAAACUCGAUCCCAAACACGUCGGCGUCGGAAUGUAUCAACACGACGCGAAAAGCGGCGCUUUAGACAAAGAGCUCGAUUAUGUCGUCGAAUCCGCCGUCGCGUCCGUAGGCGUGGAUUUAAACACCGCGUCGAUAUCGCUCCUUUCCAGAGUUCCUGGAAUGACAAAAAACGUCGCCAAAAACAUCGUCGAAGAACGCGAAAAGCGAGGUCGAGCGUACUCCUCCAAAACAGACGCGAAAACAGUCAAAGGCUGCGGCGCGAAGACGUUCGAGCAAAUCGCAGGUUUCUUGAGAGUCGCGGAAAGUGACGACAUUCUCGACCGAACGGCUGUGCACACGGAAAGUUACGACGUGGCGCGAAAAUUGCUGAAAAAAUGCGCCGACGACGCGUCGUUGUUGGAAACGUUGGCGACUGGCGGCGGUAACAUAAGCGCGGAAGUGGGGAAAGAAAUAGGCGUCGACGAAAACACGCUCAAAGACAUGGCAAAAAUGCUCGUCAAUCCGGAAGAAGGUAACGACGAACGUCUUCUAAAAGUAGUGCCAGCCUUAAACAAUAACAACACCGCCGCGACGACUACGACAAAGACAAAAAUCCAACACCAAAACGCCCAAAUCGGCUUAAACAUCCGCUCCGGCGCGCUCACGUUAUCCACCUUAAAAAAAGGUCAAAUCUUAUCCGGCGUCGUCAAAAACGUCUGUCAAUUCGGCAUCUUCGUCGACGUCGGCGUGGAAACCAGCGGUUUAAUCCACAGAUCCACGUUUUGCAAGAACGAGAACAACGACAAAUACGACGACGCCAAAAAAGAACCGCACGAUAUCGCUCGCGCGGGUGAAAAAGUCUCCGUUCGCGUCGGCGACGUCGACGUCCAUCGCAAGCGCUUACAGCUCUUCUUUUUACCAGCGCCGCAGUAA